AUGAAAGCGGUACAAACAUAUUUGUUGUUAUAUGUUUUUUUGAUGACCAGUGUGCUGAUGUGGCAGAUAUUUAAAGGACAAGAAAGUUGUGAUUCUGGUUGGAUAUCUUUCAACGCAGCAGGACUCCAGGCUGACCUGGAAAGCAAACUGUUCGGACAGCACAUUGCGUUAAACAUCAUCCUGAAAGCUGUAAAUGGAUUCAUGAGCAAAGAAAACCCAGAGAAACCCCUGGUGCUCUCUCUGCAUGGACCAACCGGCACAGGAAAGAGCUUUGUCAGUAGUCUGAUAGCUGACAACAUUUACAAGGAGGGGAUUGACAGCAAAUUUGUACAUGUAUUCAUAGCUACACAUCACUUCCUGCACUCAAGUCAAACUGAUACCUACAAGUCUCAGUUACAGCAGUGGAUCAAAGGCAAUGUCACCAACUGCCCACAAUCCAUGUUCAUCUUUGAUGAGAUGGACAAGAUGCAUCCCGGCUUGAUUGACAGUGUUAAGUCCUUCCUGGACUACUACAAGAAGCUGGACGGAGUUUCUUAUCGUAAAACCAUCUUCAUCUUCCUCAGCAAUACUGAAGCGCACAGCAUCACAGAGACAGCUUUACAUUUCUGGAGAACAGGACAAGAUCGAGAAGAUAUUGAGCUCAAAGACCUGGAAACAUCCCUCUCUGCAUCUGCAUUUAACAACAAAGGGAGUGGAUUGUGGCAUUCAAGCUUGAUUAAGCAGAACAUGGUGGACUUCUUCAUCCCAUUUCUUCCUCUUGAGUACAAACACGUUGUUCAGUGUGUCAUGGCUCAGAUGCAAGCCGAAGGACUGAAGCCAAACCAGGAUGUGGCACACAAGCUUGCCAUAGAUUUGGAGUAUUUCCCCAAAUUUGAGAGAGUGUUCUCUGUCAGCGGCUGCAAGAAAAUAACUAGUAGGCUGCCCUUCUACAAAGAGUAA